AGCUUGGGCUUGGUUGGGCAGAGGGAAUCGUGAUGGGAACUGGGGAGAACUAGAUAUACAAGGUUAACGAUUUUAUUUACUAUAUGCGACGGCCAUGUCAACGGUGUAGCUUUAUUUUUACCAUUGGUCUUUUUCCGCCAAGGCUGUGGUUGGCGCUCAUGUGCAGCGAUUGCGGUGCACUUCCCUGUGACAUGAUCUGGUCGAGAUUGGGGAUCGACGCCAUGAAUGCUGCUUGUACGCUAUUCACACAACUUGCAGCGCUUGUACCCACAGACAUUAUUGACGGACUUGUUGGCGCAUGCGGUGUCUACGGAAAGUUUGGAAACAGUGAGUACAAAUGAAAGUGGAACAGCAACAAUUGACAAAGAUGUAUAUACCUGCUGUAUGGUGGAUGGCGCCAGAUUCUGCAAAUUGUUGAAACGCUCGAUCCUACAGACAACAACAGAUGGAUUAGUACAAUAUGAUAAUGUCAAAGAUAAACAUAAAAGA